AACAGCAUCACCGGAACUUUAUAUGUUGCAAUCCAAACAAACUUCACGAGAUGAUCGGAGAUCAAAAUUUUCAGUGAAUAUUGAUGAUAUUGGAUCCAACAAUAUAAAAAAGACAUCAUUGUCAUGAUUAUACGUGACAUUUGUGAGACGUUCAUAGGAUUUUAGCAAUGGAGAAAAAUAUUGUGAUGACCACUGUCUUACCAUCAGAAUCUGUCUGCCAAUCAGACACCAUUACCUCGAACACAGACAGUGGCCAUGAUAUCCCCUCCCAGAAUCCUUCAGAAUCACAGGAAGCAGACAGCAUACAGAUGAAGGAGAUUAGCUGUUCAGAAAUUAGUUCCGAACCACUAAAGCAAAAAAGGAAGAAGAGAGAUAAGUAUAUUCCUGAUGCUGUUCCACUAGAGUUGCCCCCCUGUAAAAUUUGUGGGAAAAAGGCUUCUGGGAAUCAUUACGGAGUCAAUAGCUGUGAAGCUUGCAAGGGAUUUUUUCGAAGAUAUCUCCAAAGAAAUGUUCCCUACAAGUGCAACAAAGGCGGAAAAUGUCUCGAGAACUCGGAUAAUAAGAAGAAUUCUCUGUGUUCUGCUUGUCGGAUGCAAAAGUGCCUGGAUUGCGGAAUGUGUCGUGAAGGAAUCCGUCAAGGAAGAUACACAGCCACUGAGCGUGCCCGAGCUAUUGAGGAAAUGAAGCGUCUGAAACAAGACAGUUCAACUUCAAAGGUCAGCCAGGGUCAAGGGCCAAAUCAGGAACCAGCCAUUAAAUGUUUGGACUUAACAUUUCCAAAACCAGAAGAAGAAUCAGCCAGUGCCACACAUUCUGAAAAUUCCUCAGCUAUGGAGGUCGAAGGUGAAAUGUCAAGGUCAGAUAGUGACAAGGAGGCGAGCAAAGAGAUGACCGAUUUGUUGGAGAGAAUCGUCAGGGGAUACCAUGAGCUCACUCCACGUAUCAUGUCUUUAAGUGAUGAUGAAGCAAGGGCUAUCCUCAAGGAGGGAUAUGAGAAGCACAUGAAGAAAGUGGAGGUGUUUGGGAACAUGGACCCAGUCCCCGCCGGUGUCUACAGUGAAAUCUACAGUAACACGCAGAUGGACAUCGACGGGCGGAUGGAAAUCUUUGAGGUGAUAAGAGAUGAACUUGGCAUACUGGUCCAGGAGUAUGUUCGCUUCACCCAUGGUCUCCCAGGAUUCUCAGAUCUCCCACCCACAGACCAGGCUAAGCUCCUUAAAGCGGCCAGACUGGAGUUUUUCUUCAUCCUGGGCUACAGAAGUUUUGAUUCCGAGACCAAAAUGCUGAUGACAUACAAAGGUCUCGUGUUUCCCAUCCGACAGUAUUACCCUUAUAUAUCCGAGGAAAUGGCAGUGAAGUGGGUCAACAUCUCCGACGAUGUCCGAAAUCUCAGCCUGACUACUCAGGAGCACGCUGUCAUUCUUGCCAUCUGUCUCACCUUUACAGACAGGUGUGACCUUGAUGCCAGAGACAAGGUUGAAGAGAUCCAGAUGCUAUUUAUAGAUGCCCUUCAGUACCUUCUCAAAAAGAGGCUAGGGAAUGAAAGUGGGCUUCAUUUUUCAAGGAUUAUGAAUGUAUUUCUGAAGUUGAGAGAAAUGAAUGAAGAGUUUUUGACAUUCUACAAGAAAAUGUGUGAAGAUCCUAUGAUUCAAAAGUACAUGCCUGAACUACUGAAUUUUUUAAUCGAUUGACCAAGGUUACUACAAACAUGUCCUGUCUUGUUUUAAUUUAUAUAAAAAACAGCAUUACUGAAAUUCUGGAAAUUAAGAAAAAUGUCACAAGUUUAAAUAUUAUAUUUUAUUAUGUUAUUAAAAUGAUAUUUUUUUAUCACGUGCAGCUACUUUUUAUACUGCGAAUGUAUGCACAUAUUCAUGUAAAUUUUAAGUAAAAACAGUCGCAUGUGAAAAUCCUAUUAAAGUACCGGUACUUUAAUUUAUGUAAAAUUCAUAUGUAAGGAUUUUUUGGCUUUAUCUUCAGAGUUUGUGUUGGAAUUGAACUAUUAAUGUAGCCAGGAACACUAGCAAAUGGCUUUUUGGCUUUUUAUUAUUACCGUAUUUUUUUUCAUCUCUGUAUGCAAAAAAUAUUCUAGUUGGAACCUUAUUAUUGUUUUAUUAUGCAUUAACCAAAUGGUAUGUCACUGUGUUUAUUGUUGAAUUUUUGAUACUUUUAUGCUCAUACGUCUAAUGUGACUAAUAUGACUAAAGCAUAUCUUUGUUAUUUAAUGAUAGCAUUCCAAAGUUAACUCAAUUGCUCAAUUUGUUUGUGCAUGUAAUCAUUAUUGUGACAUGCAUCAAGUAAUCUAUCUGUUUGUUGUUUGAAUCAGUCAUAGUACAAUGAACAUGUAUCAGUUUUUUCCUUUGCACACUGCAAGAUACUGUAUACAGGGUAAUAUUCACACCUGUGUUUUAUUUUCGCCCCUUUGGCCCUUAUUGUCAGCGUGCAAAUUCAAGUCUGGGCAAAUUCCAUUGUCUCAAAUUAUCACUUUUUAAACACAAGCUUUGUUUGGGCGAGUUCAAAACAGGUUGGAACUGUUCGCAAGUGAAGAAGGGGAAAAAUAACCUUAUAUAGUGUUACUGGAAUUCCAUGCUGCUAGAGCCUCGUCUUUGCAGUUAAUUCUCACCGUGACCUAGAUCUCAGAUAUCUCAAGCAUAUUAUUUUAAGAUCAUGAAAAUUACAAUGUAGUGGCUGCAAAACAGUUUAUAUUCAAUUAAUUGCGAUAAAAAGUCGUCAUAAGUAAGUUGGUUUACAGUAUUGCCAGACUUCUUCGAGAUUUUUUGUUGUAGGUCAUAUACAAUAUGUGUACGUCUAAUUGUUCAGUGUCCUUGGUGAUAGAUAUACCAGUAUACCAUGCAGUAAACUUAUAGAAUUUUGUCUGUGACAAUUUUCAAAUAAUUUGUUUUUGAAUCCUAUGCUGCAAAUAAUGUAUAGCAUUUGCUGAUGAUAUAGGAAGUCCCAUUUUAGCUAUUUUAAUGCUAAAAUCAAAUUUUGUUGAAUGCAUCUUUUGUGCAUAUUAAGUUAAUAGUCUUGAGCAAGUUCUGAAAGUAUAUUAUCUAAUAUCUACUUCCAGUACUUUAAUAAUCAAAAUCCCUGAAUAAACCAGUGAUUAGUUUAGAUAAAAUUCUAAUUGUUGACAGAGGGUAUAUAGUGUAGUGUGGCUGUUUUCCACAAUAUCCUUGUGCCUUUUACAGUUUGUUUUCCUGAGUACAACUGCACCAAAACAACUCCUCAGGUAUGGCGUGAACAUGACCGGAUCUGUACAGCUUUCUGAAUUUUAUUCAUUUUGAACAUUUUGACUAUUUCAUCACGUGUUAAUAUACAAUCAUGUACAUGUAGAUGCGAAAGUGACAUUGUUUUAAAGGGAUACCUAAAAAACUAAUAUAUGUCAUCAUAUUAGUAUCUUUCCAUCUUCACUAGCCAUAAUGGGGAGCAAAGUGGACUGGAAACCCUUGGUUAGCGAAGAUGGUAACCAUUUUUCUAGCAUUAUUGUAAUUGUAAGCAGUUCAAGAUAUAGCAUUACAACAUGCACACAUUUAUAUAAGCAUAUUGUGGCAAUUUAUCACAUGUAUAUCUGGGGUUUAACAAUAUAUAAAAUAAAUAUGUGAUAAAAGAAUCUCUCAUGAUUUGCAAUGGUGUAUGAUUUUGAUCCAACACAUUGUGUGAUUUCUAUUCAAUUUACCUCGCCAAGGCUCUGGGUUAGAAAACACACAACUCGUUGGAUAAAAACCAUAUUUCAUAGCAAAUCGUGAGAAAAUAUGCAAGGUCCGAUUUGCAUGUGAUUUGACCUUGACCCAGUCAUGGUUAGAAAUGAUCCCAUAGUCCCUAUUUAUGUUUUUGUUUUUAUUCUUUCUCAUUAAACUCAUGUAUGCAUCCCCGCUGAAUUAACAUUAUUUUACAAUUUUAGGUUAAUAGUUAAUUCUAUACGCACAAUCAAUGUUAAAAUAGAAGUUGUUAUCCUAUGGUGGCAUAUUUCUGCCCCCUACAUGCAAGAAAAUUAUGUCAGCAUGCAAGAUAAUAAUGUCUUAAUGCAAGAUGAUUAUGAUGACAUGCAAGUUACAAAUCUAUUUAGGGAAUCUGAUUUUUAUAUGGUUAAAAUUACUUACUAACGCCCACAUUUGAAAUAAAAGAUACAAGAUGCAAUAAAAUUAUGACUUAUUUAUGUCGACAUGCCUGUAAAUUAUGUAGACAUGCGACUUAUUUAUGCUGACAUGCCGGUUAAUUAUGUUGACAUGCGACUUAUUUAUUUCGACAUGCGACUUUUUUAUGUGAACAUGCAAGUUACUUAUGUUAAUUUGCAAGAUAUUUAUGUCAACAUGCGAGAUAUAAAUGUCAAUAUGCUAGUUAAUUAUGUGGAUAUGCGACUUACGUAUAUAUGUCAACAUGUGAGUUAUUUAUGUUAACCUGCGUGAUAAGUUGCAAGUUGACAUAAAUAUCUUGCAUGUUGACAUAAUUAAUUGCAUGUGUACAUAUAUAUAUGUCGCAUAUCCACAUAAUUAACUCGCAUAUUGACAUGAAUGAGUCGCAUGUCUACAUAAUUAUGUUGCAUCUUGCAUCUGGGAUGCCAGAUACGUGUAUUAAUAAGUGAUUUAAGUACACAUAAAUCAGAUUUACUUAAAAAUUUGUAAAUUGCAUUUGAACAUUAUUACUUGCAUGUAUACAUAAUUAUCUUGCAUGUUCACAUAAAGUCGUAUGUUGAUAUAAUUAAUCUUGCAUGUAGGGGGCAGAAAUAUUCCACCAUAUAUUUGGUUUUUUGUAUACUAUCAGUCCAGUAUGAUAAAACAUUUGUUGUCCGUCAUUGUUUUGAUUAUUUAAUGAACUAUUAUAAUAAUUAUAUUAUUACAACAUGAUCAAACAGUCCAGAGUUUUCACAUGUCUUGACUUAUAACCUGUUAUUAAUGUUGCAAAAUUAUUUUCACAAUGCAGAUAGUUCAUCAAUAUUUUAUUCAGAAAACCGAUUCUUAUCAUGUUGGAUUCCAAUAAGAUACAUUGUAUGAAUUAUAUUGAAUGAAGUCCUAAGAUAUUUGACUGUAUGGACAAUCUUAUACCACUUAUGAAUAUAAUACCUUAUAUAAUGGAUUCCAUUAAAAAGAUGAAAUCAUG